GUGGAGCGGUAAGCCUGGGCCUGUCCCCGUCGCCUCAGCCCUCCCGCUGCCCUUUCCGCGAGGCCUUUGAACAGUAGGUCAGGGAUGCGGAGGCAGCAAAGGCACUCGAGACCGCUCGCCGGAGCAGGCCGCUAUGGCGCUGGGCCGGCGGCGGAGGAACCGCGGGCACCGACUGGUUUUAGCCUGCUUUAUGCCGAUUUUGAAUCCUUGAUAUAGACAUCUGGGAUCUGGUGCCUUUCCAAAUAUGUCUGAACUGACUGCAUGGCUAUUCAUUAGAAUAUUUUAGGCAAAGAUACUCCCUCAAGGCUGAUGGUGUGAAACUGCCUUUCUGGACUGCAUUUGUGGAAAUACUUAUCACUUGACCAAUACAUUACUUCUGCCAUGGAUCAAAACAACAGCUUGCCACCCUACGCCCAGGGUUUAGCAUCCCCUCAGAGUGCAAUGACUCCUGGCAUCCCUAUUUUCAGCCCCAUGAUGCCUUAUGGCACAGGGCUCACCCCGCAACCUGUUCAAAGCACCAAUAGUUUAUCUAUACUAGAAGAGCAGCAGAGGCAGCAGCAGCAGCAAGCAGCAACACAGCAAUCUACAUCCCAGCCAACACAGGGAGCAUCUGGUCAGACGCCGCAGCUCUUUCACUCUCAGACGCUUACUACUGCUCCCUUGCCAGGAACGACGCCUCUCUACCCCUCUCCGAUGACUCCCAUGACCCCAAUAACUCCUGCAACACCUGCUUCUGAAAGCUCAGGGAUCGUACCACAGCUUCAAAAUAUUGUAUCUACAGUAAAUCUUGGCUGCAAACUGGACCUGAAAACUAUUGCCCUUCGUGCUCGAAAUGCUGAAUACAACCCCAAGCGUUUUGCAGCUGUGAUUAUGAGAAUAAGAGAGCCACGUACCACUGCACUUAUAUUCAGCUCUGGAAAAAUGGUGUGUACAGGAGCUAAAAGUGAAGAGCAGUCAAGGCUGGCUGCCAGAAAGUAUGCCAGGGUUGUACAGAAGUUGGGCUUCCCAGCCAAAUUCUUGGAUUUUAAGAUUCAGAAUAUGGUGGGCAGUUGUGAUGUAAAAUUCCCUAUCAGACUUGAGGGACUGGUACUUACACACCAACAGUUUAGCAGUUAUGAGCCAGAGCUUUUCCCUGGGUUAAUUUACAGAAUGAUCAAACCAAGAAUUGUCCUCCUUAUAUUUGUUUCUGGGAAAGUAGUUUUAACUGGUGCAAAAGUCAGAGCUGAAAUUUAUGAAGCAUUUGAAAAUAUAUAUCCUAUUUUAAAAGGAUUCAGAAAGACCACGUAACAGUACCCAGUGCUUACCAAAGAAAUUGGCACAUUUUAAAAGGUAUUGACUAUGGCACAGCAAAGAUGGAAGAUUUACAGACUGCAACAGUCCAGACUUGGAGUAUUUUCCCAGUUAGUGCCUAUUCCCCGAUCUUUAUGGGAAGAGAAGCUCUCUUUGCGUAUUAUGUCUAUACUGAGUUUCUGUGAGUUGCUUUAUUUGGGCUCUCUUUGAAGAAACUGUUGAGUUUUUAUUUAUACUUUAGUUUUUAAACCAUUUUAAUGUCUAAUCUUUUUAUUGGAAAUCUCAUGCUGAAAGGUUGGGUCAAGAUAAAAUUAACCAUGUUAUCCCAUAAUCAAUACUUUGGCUACAGUAUUAUGGUCUUUCAGCCAGUGAUUUUAUGGUCAAAUUUUAAUUAAACAUUUCUAGACCUGCUUUGUGCCAGACACACACAUUCCCUAUUUCCAGUGUUCAGCAGGACAAAAAAAACCCUUGCUAAUAAAAACAGAUGACUGUAUAUAUUCCUUUUAGGAAACCUUUUUGAGUUUUAAAUGUAUAAGAAAUUUUGUUUAUAAACAUAGGAAUAUGAUUGGCCUAUGCUGCUGUUUAAUGUACUAAUGCAUGCUUGUAGAAUGCUUAAAUGCAUUGCAAUGUUUUUAUAUGAUUUUUCUUAACAAUCCAGUAUUAAAAUGUGUUUGCCAUUUGUGUUUUUCUUAAAA